GAAGAAACGGUACGUCGGAUAAACUGCUCCCUCUUCACUUCCAAAACAAAACGCAGUGUCCGGUAAAGGUUCGGGCAGAGUAGAAGAAUGGAUGCCCUCACCCACAUGCUCACAGACCAUCUGGAUCCAAAGGAAGAAAACGAUGGCCAAAUCACAGAGGAAUGCAUGCUGGGAAACUGUAGAGUUAAUCUUCCAGAGGACCUACUUGAAGAUCCUGAAAUUUUCUUCUCUGUGGUGAGUGAAAGCACAUGGACUGAUGUUCUGUCAGAAUCCCAGAGACAGCACCUUCGCCAGUUUCUGCCACAGUUUCCAGACAACAACACUGCAGAGCAAGAUGGUACCAUCAUUGACCUUUUUAACAAUAGAGAUUUUCACUUUGGAAAUCCCCUUCACCUGGCACAAAAACUAUUCAGAGAUGGAUAUUUCAAUCCAGAGGUGGUCAGGUAUAGACAACUGUGUGCAAAGUCUCAGAAGAAACGACAGUUGUACUCCCUUCAGCAGUAUUACCAUAGACUUUUGAAGCAGAUCCUCGUCUCCAGAAAGGAGCUGCUGGAGUAUGCUGUUCACAAUGGUCUGGACUUUCCUCCAAGAAGAAAGUUACCGACUAAGUCCCAUGCUGAAAUGCGGGAGCCCAGGGUAAGAAGAAGACUGAACCGCAUAAUAAAAGAGGUCAAAGCUGAGUGUGGGGACAGCAAUGCCUCAUCUGAUGAUGACGACUUAUCACUGUGGAACCCGGCACCACAGUCACCAUCCUCUCCGACACCUACUGUUUCUCUCAGAGUUCUUCCCAGCCUCUCCACCCAAGACAUGAAGACAACAGAAAAAUUUGAACUAGGGGAGCAGGACCUAAAAGCUAUGCUCCAAAACCAUCGAGAGAAGAGGAAGCGACAACCAGAACAUCCAGAUUUAAUGACUGCAGAUAUCCACCUUGGAGACAUAUUGUCAAGAGCAAAUAUUGGACGGAAGGGAGCUCUGUCUCUCUUUGAUCUUUGUUUGCCCAAAAAGAAGAUUAAAGAUGAAAGAAAGAAGAAGAAGAUGAGGACAAUUAAAGUGGAAUCUGAGGAUCCUUGUGAAGCUCUUGCACCUUCAGAAACCCAGUCAGCUCCACCAGCAAACAUCCUCAACUCCCUGCCGGACACACCAUCUACUCCACUCACCAACAUCAAGGAGGAAAUUGUGGAGGAAUCACAGAGCAGUCCAGCUUCAGUUGAGGAAAUUGCCGUCAGUUUCUUCAGCUUGUUGGAGAGUAUCUUAAAAGCAGAAAGCCUCGCCAGUACUUUAAUGUUGGAGGACAAAGUUCAAAUUUGGCAGUCCUCUCCGGCCAGCUCCCUCAACGCAUGGUUUUCUUCUGUUCCAUGCUGGUCUGACUUAGUUCUUCAGGCUUUGCAGUUUCUUGCUGGAGAGACUAAAGAUGGCAUGAUGGCUCUCCCCAGUGGCUUUUCUCCCUUUGUGGAAUUUUCUGAGGAAUCUCAGCAGUGGAGAUGGAUUGGUUCUGCCCAGGAUACAGAGAAGGAUCUCAGUGCACUCUGUCAGCUGUGGUUGGACUCCAAAGAUUUAGUUGUAAAGACAGAGAAUGAUGACAUGUUAGAGAUUACUUCUCCAACACCACGAGUUUCAACUGAUUAUGUGGUUCGUCCCAGCACUGGAGAUGAGAGACAGGUGUUUCAAAUCCAGGAGCAGCAGCGAUACAACCAGCCACACAAGGCCUUUACCUUCAGGAUGCACGGCUUUGAGUCUGUGGUUGGGCCUGUUAAAGGGGUCUUCGAUAAGGAGAUGUCCCUCAACAAAGCCAGGGAGCACACACUGCUCCGCUCAGACCGUCCACCAUAUGUCACCAUUCUUUCUCUAGUGCGUGAUGCUGCAGCCAGGCUACCCAACGGAGAAGGAACAAGGGCAGAGAUCUGUGAACUGUUAAAGGACUCACAGUUUCUCGCUCCAGAUGUCACAAGUGCACAGGUGAAUACAGUUGUAAGUGGGGCUCUGGAUCGACUUCACUAUGAAAAAGACCCCUGUGUGAAGUACGACAUUGGUCGGAAACUUUGGAUUUACCUGCACCGCAGUCGCACUCAAGAGGAGUUUGAGCGGAUCCACCAGGCACAAGCUGCUGCAGCAAAAGCAAGAAAGGCUCUGCAGCAGAAACCUAAACCUCCAUCUAAACCUAAGUCUGGAAGUAAAGAUGGAAGCAGUAAAACCUCUGGAUGUCUUGAGGCAGGACAGGAUAUAAGCUCCAAUCCCAUGUCCCCGACCCCUACAACACCAACCCAGAACACACCUGGAACCCCCAAGUCACCGUUACCCUGCACAGCCACAACACCAACAAAAACCGGAGUCCCAGAUGCUAUAAAAGCCAGCCCAGGUGUUCUUCUUGUUUCCCCUCCCUCCCUGCCCCAGCUGGGAGCAAUCUUACCCAGCAGCCAGGCUGCUCCUCCAGCUUCACAGCCUGUCACGUCCCAGCACACAGCGAGGAUAGUGAGUCACCUGGCGACGGGUUCCCUCCCUCAGGUACGGGUUGUUUCAGCUCAACCUGGACUGGUUUCAUCAGCUGGAAGUCAGCAGGCUACUCUUGUGCACCAGGCACCUCAUCAGAUCAGGAUGCCGGUGUCCAUGGCAACAAAAGGCAUUUCACAGGCCGUGGUCUCUGUGCCUCUGAGGGGUCAGUCUGCAAGCAGUCCAGUCCAGGUGCCGACCUCUCUAUCUGUGUCUGCUGUAGCUGUGGCUAAACCUCAGACAGGAUCACCAGGAAGCCCUGCUAACAACCCCGCUUCCCCUGCUGUGCUGCAAGGAGUUGCCAGCCCAAAUAUCAAACAGGUAUCCAUUACAGGUCAGUUGGGCAUGAAGACUACAGGAGGAGCAGGUAUUCCAAUCACAGCUACAAACCUGCGCAUCCAGGGUAAAGAUGUCCUACGUCUCCCGCCCUCCUCAAUCACCACAGACGCUAAAGGCCAAACAGUGUUGCGGAUCACCCCAGACAUGAUGGCAACUCUUGCAAAAUCCCCGGUGGCGACUGUCAAACUAACCCCUGACUUCCUUGGCGGUGCUGCUUCAGGCAGCAAGAGCAUAUCAGCCACGCUCCAUGUGACGCCACCCCACCCUUCACCUUCCUCCGCUCCCAGCGCUACAUCCUGUACAGGCGAAGCACAGACCUCCAAAGCGGGCCCUGUUACCCCCACCUUGUUGAAGACUGCAGGAGACACAACCAUACGUCUCAUGCCAACAUUGGCGGUCUCUGUCGCAGAUCAAAAAUCAAGGACCUUCUCCACCGUGAGUUCCCCUGAUAAGAGUGGUGCCACCAUUCGGAUUAUGCCGGGCCUUGGUGUUAUUCCACAGAAACAAGGUCAGACUAUUACCAUGACCACCACCACUGGCAGCAAGCCACUCACGGUGUCGACAUGUGCUAAUGUAGUGACCAUGGCUGCCAGUGUUGUGGCUGGUGCUAAGGGGAUCACAGUGGCUCCUGGAGCUUCAGGUUCUCCUCUGACUCUAGGGACAGCUACAGCCACAGUGCGACAAGUUCCUGCUACGGUAGUGACCACACAAACAGGGAAGCUGCCUGCAAGGAUAACAGUGCCCCUUUCUGUUCUCAACCAACCACUGAAGAGUAAGAGUGUUGUGACCACACCUAUUGUAAAAGGAAGUAUCAAUACAAAUAUCAGCAGUCUAGGCAGGAACAUCAUCCUUACCACCGUGCCUGGAACAAAGCUGAUCGCAGGAAACAAACCAGUCAGCUUUGUCACAGCGCAGCAGUUCCAGCAGCUUCAGCAGCAGGGGCAGGCCACACAGGUCCGCAUUCAAACAGUUCCUGCACAGCAGCUGCAGCAGCACAUGGCAACAGGUUCCCCAAAAUCAGUUUCUACAGUUGUUGUGACAACAGCACCUUCACCCAAAUGUGCCCCUGACCCCCCGCCUGCGCCUCAGCAGUGAUCAUAGGUUGAUCAUAGGUUUUGUACACAAUAUAAGCAUCUGUACUAAGUUCUAAGUUCUGAAAAGUUUUAAGUGUGUCAUCUGUCAUUAUUUAUGUUCAAAUAACUGUUGGAUUGUUCUCGAUGCUGAAAAAUUGAAUCUCUUUAUUAAAUUAUGUUUGUUGCUGUGGUCCAAAAAUGUCAAACAGCUUAUCAGACUAUUGAUAACUUCAAACAUAUCCAGGUAGGUUGCAGUCUUUAAAUCAGAAAUUCUAAGUUGAUUUCUAUUUGAAACUUGCCCAUACAUUGUUAACAACCAAUUCAUAGUGACUGUCAAAGGGAUGUUCUUUUGUCAUUCAUAGAAAUGUUUCAUAUAAUACAAUCAAAGCAAUUGUAAAAGAGUGGGACCCAAGCUUUUUUGAUUUCUCUGAAUGUCAUGACCUGUUGUUUCUUGUUGUAAUACAUAAUUUCUUCUCCUA